AUGGCUUUUCAGAGCAGCGUUCUUAGAGAUGGCGAGUGGGUGACGCAGACCGUUAACUUUCAAGAUGCUUUGAACGCUUCUUCGACCACACCCAAAGCUGCCUCAGAUCCAAGUCUCAAGGCACCUGAGUGUGGAAUACUCUCUAGGACUGUCGUUGAGAGCCCUGUCGUUCAUUGGAUCCUCCCAGUUUGCUUACGAUUGCGCUCUCACAACGACAUCGCAUUCAUUGGCGAUCGCUUCGUCCAAAUCAGCGAACUCCGCGAUGACGGACAAGUGCAUGAGGUUAUACGAAAAGCUGACUUUGGUACACGAAUCCGAAAUGCGAUAGUUCUAGGAGGUCCGCCCAAGGGAGACAUCCCUGACGCAGCCGCUGCUUCAACCAAGACCGAAGGCGCUGAUGUUCCUAUGAAAGAUGUCGCAGAGGCGAGCGAAGCCAAAGAAGCCAAAGAAGCCAGCGAAGCCAGCGAAGGCGAAGAAGGAAAAGUGGCCAAAGGGGCCAAGGGGGCCAAAGAGGCCAAAGAGGCCAAAGAAAAGCGUGCACUACCACCACAGCUACUGGUCCUAAUGCUCGAGACUGGUGAUGCUGUUUUUCUCUUCAUUCAAGAACUUUUCGAUGGGACACUGCGCUUUGAAACUACCACGUUUGAGAGCCCCAGAAAUCUACAGUUCUUGGGGUAUCACCUGUCCAUUGACCCCUCGUCGCGAUAUAUGUCUGCUGGAUCCGCUGAAGGUGGAUUCAUUGUCUACGAGCUGGAGUCGCUGUCCCAUAUGAAAUCUCAAUAUGAGGACGGCGGAUCCUUGAAGCCUGUCAAGUCUACCCGCGUUCGAAUAACGCAGGGCGUCAUACACAAAAUGGAGUUCUUAUAUCCACGACCGGAGGACGAUUACCAUAUCAUUCUCCUAUUGAUCAUUGUUAGACGUGAAGUGAGUAAGCAGGCUCACGUGUCUCGCAUGGUCGUCUACGACUGGGAGCUUGGCGAUGAACUUACCGCAGUAUUUCGGUCAGAGAAAGGGACACCACUGCCAAAAGAGCACCGAAUGCCUCUCAUGAUCAUUCCCCUCAAAGUCAAUACUGCCUUCUUAGCAGUUUCAGAACACUCGAUUGGCAUAGUAAAGAACGCAUUCACAGGGCAGACGUCGUUCGAUACCUUGGAAACACACUCCCCUCAACAGACUAAGUUGCAUCAUGGAGCUGCCGAACCGCUCUGGACCACCUGGGCGAGACCUUUUAGGAUUAACAUAUACCUGGAGAAGAUGGAUGUCAUUUAUCUGGCUCGCGAAGAUGGCGUUAUUGCACAUAUUGAGAUCGAUUCGCGAGAUCUAGUUCCAACAGUUAUGACUCUCGGAACCAUCAGCACCAACAUCACAACCGCUUUCACUACAGCUUAUGAUGUCUUCUCGGAUGUUUUGAUAACUGGCGGCGACUCUGGUCCAGGUGGAAUCUGGAAGGUGCUUAUCCCUCGCAAAGAUCCCCAACAAGUCAGCAUCAUUCCCAAUUGGUCUCCUGUGGUCGAUUUGGUCACGACAGAUACCAAUAUCUCCUGGAGGAGUAAUAGCAGGAGGAAAGAUCUUUCGACGAAACGCAAGGUAUCAUCAAACUCAAGACCGAAGUCGGAUCGCAUCUUCUGCACGUCCGGCCGUGGGCCCCGGUCGAGUUUGACAGAAUUGAGAUGGGGCAUUCAGGCACGGAUCGGCCUUGAGUUCGACCAUGACCAACAUGUCCGCCAGUCCUGGAUGUUCCCAGUUGAGGCUCAAGGAGAGCGAGGCUUCUACGUAAUUUUGUCACUGCCGCAUUCUACUGAUGUCCUUCACUUCCCCGCUGAUCUCAGCAAUGCGAAUGCUCUGUCGCCAGAGGCCUGUCCCUCACGCUACAAUCAUGGUGAAGUCUGUGGAAACCCUCUAUUGCUAGCUGAACAUGCGUGCUGCACAGAUGAUAUUGUAGUGAUAUCCUCAAAUGGCGCAAGCGCUUCCCAACUUGAUGUAUUGCUGGUUGACCAAAUGAAUCUGAAGCACUCAACGUCCAUUAAUGCCAAAGGAGAAAUAACUUGCAUUGGUCUUUUCAAGACGUCAGCACAGACCUACAUCAUUGCAGGUUCUGUUACGGAAGGGUUGCCACUCUUGACUAUAUACUCGCUGGCUGGCCUUGAAAUUAGCAGCAACGCCCCUCAGCCAGACCUUGUUACUCCUGACCAAAAAGGCCACUCUCAUAUGGAAGCAUAUACAAGUGUGCUAGCCAUCCAUGAUACCGCUGAGAAGGUCAUCUUGGUGCUUGGCACGAGAAGCGGUCAUCUUGUGACGAUCCUGAUACCAGGAGAGGAUAUUGCGCAUUACUCACUUUCAAUUGAACAGAUUGGCAUUUCACCAACCAAUGUAUUCCCGGCAUCUAGCCUCUUUGAUGGAAAGCAGGCCUUUUUCACAUGCUGUGACAACAGCCUAUCCAUUAUGACGGACUUUUCACCAAAGGGUAGUAGAUUCAAGACCAAGACCCGAAUCUGGGCAACCGACUCGAACGAACCUUCAAUGUCAUCACCCCCCGUUCAUGCAGCCUUUGGCCUCCAAGGCAGCCUUUCUGGAUACGAACGCCAUAUGUCCCUGAUGUUACUAUCCGGGACACGAGUUCUUCUCGUUGAUAUAUGGCCGCAUGUUGGACCUGUUCCUCGCAACAUUCUUCUCGGCGGAACACCGAUGCGCGUCAUCUAUUCUCAGACCUGGAAGGUCUUGGUGGUUGCACACUUGAAGGAUGAUCGCCCGACACUCUCCUUUAUCGAUCCCGAAAGUGGUGCGAAUGUCGCAACGGCAGCUAACAAGGAUAAGCAGCCGUCCGAUUUUAUUUCCGGCCUAGGACAUCUUGGCGACAGGAUAUUUGGUCUCUAUGAGUGGACCUAUGUCAAAGAUGGGAAACAUUUUCCCUUCAUCAUCGUAACCACUCAACAUGGUCGACUGAUGAUUGUGUCUGUGACAGCGGUCAAGCCUGAGAGCGACGAUUGCCCGACAAGAAAACUACAGUUCUGGACCCGAUAUAAGAAGAAGGGUUUCGCCGAGCCUAUUUACACAGUCGUUGGAGACGAUGUGGGUCUUCUAUUUUGUGUUGGAAAGGUUCUUCACUGGGAAGUCCUGGACCUCGCGGAGAAAAAGCUCAAACCUAUGAAGCAGUUCAGGCUGGAUUCUCCAGCCACAACCCUGCGUGUGGAAGGCACAAAAGUCUGCGUCUUGACUGCCCAACACUCCCUUCAGGUCAUUGACCUGAACGUGGAAUCGGAAAGCAGUGACCCUUCUAUUAUCCACAGCGACCGAGUGACUCGGUUUACGGGGCAUGUGAUAGAGAUGGGAGACUCUGAAGAAGAGCCAGGUAAGUGGCCAGUGAGUCUUAUAUCCACGGCGCAAGCAGGGUUUGCAGGAGUUUGGAUCCCAUGGAGUCAACGCCAUAAAGAGUUCGAGGUUGUCGUCGCAGGGCUUUUGCCGACAUCUAUCAGAAGAUUCCGCAAGGGCCACACUCGGCCUUUCUGGUCGGCUGUUGACCGCCAAAAACGGUACAAUACUUUGUUUAGCACGGCGGAUCAGGCAGACAUACUGGGAGUGUCUAUUGAUGGUUCACUGCACCAAUUUUCAUUGAUAGGUUUGGAUCUUUGGCGGUUCCUCAGAUUGAUACAGAACUUGGCAUACCAGGACAAGGAGAUUUGCCCCUUCGUCCGGAACAGUUACUCGUCCGGGGCCAGCGAUCUGGGGAUGGAUCUGGAUCCAGAGCUCGAGCCCCGGCGUGCCCGGGAGAUGAUGCAUAUCGAUGGUGACUUAUUGCAACGUUGCCUUGAUAUGAGUGCGCUGGAAAAGCUGGUGUUGAUUGGGGACGGGAUUGAUUUGUUUUGCGAGUAUUUGGACGGGAUUGACGAUGGCAUAUAUACCGAAGGUUUCCGAGAGACUGGCUCUCAAGGACGAAAGAAGUACAUUGAGCUGGGCUAUGAGAUUCUCGAGUAUGUUCUUGCUCUAGCAAUCUGA